CAUAUCAAGCCAGAGACAUCUCUUAAGUACUGAGAAGUCUGAAAGAGUUAAAACUGCAAAAAUGGUACUCUCGGACGCCAAUAAAAAGAUAAUAAGAAGCCUGGGCAAAGAUAUAAAGGCAAACGCUGAACUUUUGGGUGCUGAUGCAUUAGCCAGGUUGUUUCAACUCCAUCCACAAACUAAGACAUACUUCGGGAAAUUCGCUACCUUCGAUGCCUGUGACACAGCUGUCAAAUUGCAUGGUAGCAGGGUAAUGAACGUUGUGGGAGACGCAGCCCUAAACGUGGACAACCUGAGACAACUGCUGGAGAGCCUUGCCGAUAAACAUGGCAAACAGCUUCUGGUGGAUCCUAAUAACUUCCAUCUGUUUGCUGAUUGUAUCGCAGUCACCUUGGCCAUUUACUUACCUGACUUCAGCCCUGAAAUCCACCGUGCAGUCGACAAAUUCCUUGAGCUAGUUACACAUGAACUGGUCUCCAAGUACCGUUAAAGGCAUAAUCAACUAACGAUGACAGAGAACAGGAAGACCGUCACUUAAAUAUUCUUCUGCAUGUAUUCUCUAACUGUCAGCUAAUAAAUCAUUAUACUCACAAA